AUGGCUUCCCCGCUGCUGCACUGCCAUCUAGUGAGACGCGGCGCCUGGCCCUGGCAGGCCGGCCUGGUGACGCGCAGCGGCCGACGGCACACGCUCUACUGUGGCGGCACGCUCAUCAGCAGCCGGCUGGUGGUCACAGCCGCGCACUGCACCAACAUGUUCUUGCAGGGCAUGCGGCGGCCGCGUGAAAUGCGUCCCGACGAGAUCCGCCUUCUGCUCGGCGCCCACAACGUGUCGGACGCGACCGGCGACGGCUUCUGGGUGGCCAACGUCACGGCCAUCUACCGCCACCCGCGCUUCAACUUCGCAACCAUCGAUAACGACAUUGCGCUGCUCAAGCUGCAGGCCGAUGUGCCGUUCGGGCCGCGGGUCAGCCCGGCUUGCCUGCCUGACAAAGAGACGGCGUUCUGGGGCCGCUGGGGCACGGUCACCGGCUGGGGCACGACCUCGUACCAGGGCAAGGCCAGCCCGCUGCUGCGCGAGGUCCGGCUGCCGCUCAUCUCCAGCGACGCCUGCAGGCGUACCUCCUACGGCUCCAUCAUCACCCGCAACAUGAUCUGCGCCGGCCUGGCCGCCGGAGGGCGUGACUCGUGUCAGGGUGACUCGGGCGGCCCUCUGGUGGUGCGGCAAGAGCACAGGUGGCGCCUCGUCGGUGUCGUCAGCUUUGGCUUCAAGUGCGCGGCCGCUCAAUAUCCGGGCGUCUACACCCGGGUACAAAAUUACGUCGACUGGAUCAACUGGUACAUCGACAAUGAAUAGCAAAUCUGACCUCAAGUCUUGAAAUGGUGAGCAACAGUGCUGCAAGACCACAGCAUGGCCUCCAUUGACCAUGAUGGAAUGUCCACCGCAAAAGGCCAUUCAAACCACAGGCGAUGGGAAAGUUAUGGAAUUAGUUACGUGUUUUCAUAUGAGAUUCAAAAGUGUGCCAUACAUUUCCGUACUGUUUUACGCGAUAGCCACUUUAGCUGAUACAUGAUAAAUAAAGGUGACGUUGUGGUCGCUGUUGGCCAAGCUUCUCUUUAAUGGUUUGCAAGACCGCGGUGUAACAAAAGUGUACAACGCGAAUGGCAUGAGCUGGGUUUAAACACCGUGACUAAUUAAAGAGCACGACUGUAAA